UUCCUGUUUGCCACGGCAUUCUGAUGUGAGUUAGAGUUGAAACAAUUAUCUAUGAUUUUCUUAGAAAAUUAUAAUUAAUGCGACAAUAGUAAUAUGAAGAGAAAAUUCAUGCAAACGUUGAAACAAUUAUUUUUGAUAAUUGACAAGUGUCUUUGUGGUGGAUAUUUUUUUCUCACUAAGGAACUGAUCAUUUUGGCCACCUGUGUACCGGUAAGUCUAGUCUCCAUGGGCACUAUGCAUAUAUGGUAAGGGACCUAAGAGUAUCCUAAACUUUUCAUUUGUAGGAAAAUGGUUUGUGUCCAAAUGUUUGUUUUGGUUUUGGUAUUAGAAUUAGUUUCAGUUCUAGUAAUCACUAGUCUUGGAACGAAACUAGACGCAUCUACAAAUUCUUCAUAUGGUGGAAGAAGAACACUUGCUAGUGAGAAUCCAGAUUUCAUUAGCAUUGAUUGUGGGUCGAGCCAAGAUUAUUUUGAUGAAGCGAGUGGUAUAUUCUACAAGUCGGAUUUGGAGUUCACAAGCUCUGGUGAGAAUGGAGAAAUACAAGGCGAAUACACCCCUCAAGACCCGCUAUACGGGCAGCAGCUAAUCAACCUGAGGAGCUUUCCACAAGGAACGAAGAACUGCUACACUUUGAAGCCAAUUCAAGGCAAGAACAAUAGCUAUCUCAUCAGAGCUGUCUUCUUGUAUGGAAAUUAUGAUGGACAGAAUGGAAAUCCCAAAUUUGAUCUACAUCUGGGUGUUAAUUUCUGGGAGACUGUUCUGAUUGGCGAUAUGUCUACUUAUGUUAUAUAUGAAAUUAUACAUGUAGCACCAAGGGAUGUGAUACAUGUGUGUCUUGUAAACACUGGGUCAGGAACACCUUUCAUAUCUGCUUUGGAAUUACGUCUUCUCGACAAGUCCAUGUACAGGAUUGAAUAUGCAGGAGCACUAGCCGUGGCAGCCCGAUUCGAUAUUGGCACCCAAGGAAGGACUAUUGUCAGGCACAAGGAUGACCCUUAUGAUCGCCUCUGGUCGCCUGACAACUUUUCUCCUGGGAUUCCAAUUAAUACCACAUCAAAUAUUACAGCAUCCAGCAGCGGUACUGUUUACAAAUUACCGACACAAGUGUUGAGAACAGCAGUCAUGCCCCAAAAAAACAAGACAGACUUGAGUUAUUAUUUGACCCUCAAUCCCCAGAGGGAAUAUUACUUCUGCUUUCACUUCAUGGAAUCUGAGGAAGUCGCUGAAGCUCAGUCAAGACGAAUCACUAUCACGUUGAACAACAUCAACUAUGUUUCUAACCCCAUCACUCUAGAUUACUUGCAGCCGCAGUCUUUGUGUCCCCAAGCUGCUCCUCUUAGAGGAAAUGCUAACUUCACAAUUUCUAAGACAACGGACUCUGGUCUUCCACCCAUCCUCAAUGCCUUUGAGAUUUACCAUGGACGUCCACUCCAGCAAUCACCAACAAAUCAAGAUGAUCUUGAUGCAAUCAUAGCCGUCAAACAAACAUACAAGAUAACCAGAGAUGACUGGCAAGGAGACCCCUGUGUCCCACGCAAUUUUUUAUGGAAUGGUUUGAACUGUAGUGACGGCAUUAGUCCAAGGAUUAUCUCAUUGAACUUGAACUCAAGCAAACUAAAUGGGAACAUAACUUCUUCAUUUGCCAACCUGAGAGCAUUGUAUUCCUUGGAUUUGUCCUACAAUAAUUUUACUGGGUCAAUACCAGAAGUUUUAGCAUCGCUGCCAAAUUUACAAGUCCUUAAUUUGGCAGGCAACAACCUGAACGGGUCAGUUCCUAGAGGUCUCGUGGAAAAAUCUGAGCAUGGGCAACUGCAGUUGAGUCUGCCGGAAAGUUUGGACCCAGGCCAGACAGAUUCAAAUGAAGGAAAGAGCAACUUUAUUAUUCCAGUUGUCACAUCUAUAGUUGCACUCCUGCUCUUGAUUUCUAUUGUAAUAUUUUGGAGGAUUAAAAGGAAACAAGGACAAGUUACCAGAUCAAAGCAAGAAGAUGCAAUAAAACCAAAGACUCGGCAGUUUACUUACUCUGAGGUUGUUCGUAUUACCGAUAACUUUAGCACAGUCAUUGGUGAAGGAGGUUAUGGAAAAGUCUACCUUGGCACUAUGAGAGAUGCCAGUCAAGUUGCUGUUAAGAUGCUAUCUUCGUCAUCUUACCAAGGGUAUAAAGAAUUUCAAGCGGAGGUGCAACACUUGAUGCUUGUUUAUCACCGAAACUUAGUUUCUCUUGUUGGGUAUAGCGAUGACCGGGGUAACAAGGCAUUGAUUUAUGAAUACAUGUCCAAUGGAAACUUGCGACAGCAUUUGUCAGUAAAUAAUGGAGAUGUUCUGAGUUGGAUUAUGAGGCUUGAAAUUGCCAUUGAUGCAGCAAAUGGGCUGGAAUACCUUCAUAACGGGUGCAAACCACCUAUUAUCCACAGAGAUUUAAAAACUUCCAAUAUCUUACUGAAUGAAAGUAUGCAAGCCAAGAUUGCUGAUUUUGGGUUGUCCAGAUCUUUUGCGACUGAAAAUGACUCUCAUGUUACAACUCUUCCAGCCGGCAGACCUGGAUACCUUGAUCCUGAGUAUCAAUCUACUGGAAACUUCAACAAGAAAAGUGAUGUUUACAGCUUUGGAAUUAUUCUUUUAGAGCUAAUCACUGGGCGGCCUGUAAUCACUAGAGGCGAUGAGAGUGGCACGUAUAUGCUUGAAUGGGUUAAUCCUUUGAUCGAAAGAGGGGAUAUCCAGGGCAUUGUUGAUGGUAGGUUGCAGUGCGAAUUCAACACCAAUGUUGCUUGGAAAGCAUUGGAGAUAGCCAUGUCAUGUGUACGACCAACUGCAAUCCAAAGGUCAGAUAUGAGUCGUGUAUUGGCAGAGCUGAAGGAAUGUUUGGCUGUAGAGAUGGCAUCUGGAACAAAAUGGAAAACAGAGAACUGGUCAAGUACUUCAUUUGAAAUGACCUCUCUGGCACAUGAUACAGAAAUGCUUCCAAGUGCUAGGUAGUUAUUAAGCAAUGCUUAUACAUGACAGUUCCAACUAGUUUUAAGUUUUCUGGAUAUCCCAAUAAGUUGAGAACUGAGGUUGUCCGUGAAAUAUGUACUUAUGUUUUGAAAAAUGGCAUGUGAUUCUCCCUAUUCUUGUGUGUCAUAUUUUUUUUCAAGUAAGUCAUGUUUAUUAUUAUUAGGGGACUCGAACCUUACUCUGAUUCAAGUUCUAUUCGAUCAAGAGCUCCUUUUUAUAGUUCUGAACUUUUA